CGUGAGGCGGGAACAGGAAUGCAGCCCUGCUCUGUUUACCUCUUUCUCGUCUUUUUUCUUGCUCUCAUUCCUGACAAAUUCGCUCUCGCUCUGUGCCACCUCCCUCUUUCCUCUUCCCUCUCUCUCUCUCUCUCUGAGUAUGCUCAGUCACUCAGCGCUGUUGUUUCGUGAGGGUGAAGAGCCGGUGGGAAGCCUCUGAUUGGAAAAACAAGCGUAUGUGCCGGUGCCGGCUCGCCUCAGAGACAAACUAAAAAAACAGCGGAGGGACGCAGGUGCUGUGGAUUUUAAACCUGUUCAUGUCAAGAGGAGAUGGAUUUAUAGAGCUUGUGAACUUUGGAAGGAAUUUACUACACGUGCAAAAGAGAUAAACAGAUCCUGCUCUGCAUCAGGGAUGGCUGGUGAAACGGAGGUCUCUGAAAUCUCGUCUUGAACACCGUUUGAUCUGCGCCGAGAGUCGGAAACCCUGGAAGUUUAAUAAUUGAGAUGGGAGGUUGAGACACAUUACGCAUGAUUUAACAGGCAAAAAGAUACAGCUCGGGAAGGUUAACCUCAAAGACAUCUGUUUACACCUGAGACGGGAGGGGAAAUGACUUGCUGCAGGCUGAAUUAAAGGAGUAACCUGUGAUGUCAGACCUCACCUGGGGCAGUCGUCUGAGACUCUGCUGAGUAGACUUCAUUUCCAGGUGUUCAUUUCCCACACCAGACUUGACUCACCUGACAUCAUCCCCUCCUUGUGUGAGCUCGCCCCUCAGCUCAUUUUCUCACCUCAUCUCUCGGUAAUCCCUGCUCUCAAACCCACCGCCACCUCCUCUCGUUUUCCUCCCCAUGGAGCCACUCGAGAGGCAGGAGAACAGACGCUGAUUAAUGUGACUCCGUGUCUGAUUCCACCGCACUAGAAAUAGAAAGAAAAAGCGGCAGUACUUGUGAACUAUCGUCAACAAAAAGAGGCAUCAUGUGGAAUCAAUCUGGAUACUGCAAUCACAUUCCUCAUCAUGGAUAUCCCUUCUACCAUUCACCCUGCAGUCAUAACCAGAGGACCACGGCGUUUCGCCAUCCUGUGAGCGGGCAGAUCUCUGCGGAGAACAUGGAUUUCAUCCUGCAGGAACAGCCGCAGGGAGCUUCCUUAUUGUCCAAACCGGCUGUUGAGCUGCUGUCCAGCACCUCCGUCAGCGAGGCGUCCACCGCCAUCACUUCCUCCACCGUGGACACCACCUCCAAGGGCUCCCGGUCCAGUGGCAGGGUGCACAGCUUUGGGAAGAGAGAGCAGGCCAUCAAAAGAAAUCCCAACGUCCCCGUGGUGGUCCGAGGAUGGCUCUACAAACAGGACAGCUCUGGGAUGCGUCUCUGGAAGAGGAAGUGGUUCGUCUUGGCUGAUUUCUGUCUGUUCUAUUACAAAGACAGCAGAGAGGAGUCGGUGCUCGGCAGUAUUCCUCUGCCCAGCUAUGUCAUUUCCCCCGUGGGAGCUGAGGACCACAUCAGCCGCAAGUAUGCCUUCAAGGCUAGCCACACUGGUAUGCGCUCGUACAUUUACAUGCAGAGCUCUGUGAUUGGCUCGCAGGCGGAGCACACGGGGAUGCGGACGUAUUACUUCAGCGCUGACACCCAGGAGGACAUGAACACCUGGCUGAGGGCCAUGAACCAGGCCACGCUGAUGCAGAACAGCAGCAACACACUCAUCAGAACGUCUGAUAAGCUGGAGACGUUUGACAUGUUGCAGCAGCAGGCCGUCCAGCAGAUGAACCACGUGACCCUCCAUCAGGACCCUGACAGACCCGUGGUCCACGAGGUUCUGCUGGAGCCCAUCCACCGGGCCUCAGAGGAGCGCUGCAGCCUCCACAAGUACUCUCCUGCCUCCACCACGCUGGAGCACCCCAUAGGAAGCACCGCCCUGGAGAUGGACACGCACACCUCCCUCCCCUCCAACCCCGCGCCCUCCGCCCUCCCACAGCUGGACCACGUCUCGGCCUCAGCUCCUGUCUCCAGGGUGCCAUCCCGGGCCCCGUCUCGAGCCGCCUCCACCCUGCCCUCCAGCGUUUGCACCAGGAACGGCCUGGUGUCCACGCCCAGCCCCAUCCUGGAGCCCAAUGGGAUCGCAGCUGGGACGUACCAGCGGGCACCGGCUGACUCUCACAGGCUACUGCACAGGAGGAGCACUCUGGAGCAGGUGGAGCAGUGGGUCAAAGUGCAGAAGGCUGAUCACAAAGGCCCCCCCUCCAGAGAGAACACCCUCCCUCGUCGCACACCACCGACCCAGCACAAGUUCACCCCCACAGACACGUACCAGACGCUGCCAAAGACCCCCCGCCAGAGCCCCACGCCCGCCCGGCUCGGAGAGUACAAGUACGCCCAGGACCGCCUCAGCCACUUCCGCCUGGCCCCCGACCCGGGACCCAACAUGGGGUCCAACCCGGGGCCCGGCACCGUGUGGCAGCUGUACGAGUGGCAGCAGCGGCACCAGUACCGGCACGGCAGCCCCACGGCACCGCUCUACACCCCGGCCCCCGACUACCCAUUCGGCCCCCGACCUCCAUCCACCGUGCCUCAAGCACCCAGGUCUGAAGGGCCCCCCCGCUGUGUCUCGGUACCCCCCACAGCUGCAGAUAUCCCUCCACCCGGACCUCCACCUGGCUCCAGCAGAACCCUGUCGCCCACACGCAGACCACACACUCCGGCUGGGCGCGUGACGGUCAGACCGGCGGGGGAACGGUCGGUGCUGGACGGCCCCUUCGCUGUGUCCCCCCGCAGGAGCAAGUCUCAGAUGCUCAAGGCUUCUACUAUUGAGAGACGGUCAAUGCCUCCAUCCGGCUACAUCACACACACCGUCAGCGCUCCCAGCCUUCAUGGCAAAACGCCAGAGGAGCUCACGCUGCUCCUCAUUCAGCUGCGCCGCCAUCAGGCCAAGAUGGCUGCCGCCCGUCAUCACGCGGUCUCCCAGCUGCAGCGGAUCAACGACCCCUCAGAACCCCUCCUCCACAACCACUUUCUCACUGCUUCCACCACUAGCACCAGCCCCCUCCUCAGCUCCGGCCCCUCUCCUGUGUCCCACCUCGGACAUGACCUGUGUCCCCUGAGCCUUUUCAACACCCAGAGUGAUGACACCUACGUGCAGCUCAAGAAGGACUUGGAGUAUCUGGACCUGAAGGUAGCUGGAGGUCAGAAGGAGGCAGGGAAACCUGUCAAGGUUGCAGAAAGUGACGUGGAUGUGAAGCUGAGUCGGCUGUGUGAGCAGGAUAAGAUCCUCAAAGACCUGGAGGCGACGAUCAGCUCUCUGAAGGAAGAUAAGGAUAAGUUGGAGAGCGUGCUGGACGUGUCCCACCAGCAGAUGGAGCUGUACCAGGACCAGCCGGCCCACGCUCAGAAGAUCUCCUACCAGCAGAGGCUGCUGCAGGAAGACCUGGUGUCCAUCCGGGCCCAAAUAUCACGCCUCUCCACGGAGAUGGCUCAGGCCUGGGAGGAGUACAACCGGCUGGAGAGGUCCAUGGAGCAGCUGAGGACAGCGCUGCAGGCUCACAUGAACCACAGUGCCACCCCUCAGCAGGAGAAAGGAGAGAUGAAGCGCGAGCUGUGGAGGAUCGAGGACGUGAUGGGGGGGCUGUGUGCCAGCAAAGCCAACUACAAGAUCACCAUCGACUCUGUCCAGAACCCAGAGAGGAAACUAGUGCCUUCGGUGUCGGACCGCUCCGUGCCUUCUCUCAGCGCCGAGGUCCAGCCUCCGCCUCGCAGCUCCGUUCCCAACGCCCGCUCCCAAACGCUGCCUCACAGCACCGUGCCAAAGUGGGCCGAAGACAGCGCCCCCCCCAGGCCUCCCCUCCCUCACCUCUAUGACAGCGAGGACCCGCCCCCCGUGGUGCCGCCGCUCCCCAAAGAGGCGUCUGUCAUCCGCCACAUGUCGGUGCGAGGGCUGAAGCGCCAAUCAGACGAGAGGAAGAGGGACCGGGAGGGCGGGCAGUACGUCGCCAACGGAGAGACGGACAUGCGGUCGUACCUGAGUGAACCAGAGCUGCCAGCCCUGAGCACGGGGGCCGACAUGGACUACCUGUACUUCCAGGGCAAAGGUCUGUCAGUCCCCUCAUCUCGCCUGAACCAGUCCAACUAUAUCGCGUCCUACGUCACCCUGAGGAGGGGUCCUGGGGGCUCUGCAGCCAGGGAGAGACCUAAGAGUGCCUUGGAGCUCCUGUCGUCUCCUCCGGACGUCCUGCAGCUGUCGGGCGCUCAGCCUCGGGGCCGCAUGACGGCGGAGGAGCAGCUGGAACGGAUGAAGCGCCACCAGAAGGCGCUAGUUCGCGAGCGCAAGAGGAACCUGAGCCAGGAGCGCUCCUCCUCCACCGCCCAGCGCUCAUCCUCCUCCUCCAGGCUGCCCACCAACACCUCGGACCCCCCGGCCUCCGUGUUUGACUGGAAGGAGGAGCGUCUGGCUGCAGAGGGUCAGAGUGAUGAAGGGUGGAGCCAGGCCAAGGAGAGAGGGAGGAUCCAAUCAGAUGAGUGGGUGACGGUCACAGCCACACACAUACGGGAGGUGGAUGUGGAGCCUCUGGACUACGACCUGGAUAUCAGCCGGGAGCUGUGCAAACCUCAGAAGGUUCCCAUCCCAGAGCGCUACGUGGAGUCGGACCCCGACGAGCCUCUGAGUCCGGAGGAGCAGGAGGAGCGCGGCCGCCGGACGCAGCGCAUCAAGAACCUGCUCGCUAAGUCCAGUUAUCAGAACAGACAGCCGUCCGCUCAGCUGGACUUCGGUGAUCUGGACGCAGCUCUGCAGCAGCAGGAGAGGAUCAUGAGCGUGUCGCACGCUCUGGCCUCCGAGGCCUCGUGCAAGAGCAAGCUGGUGGCAGCCAAAGCCUCUGCAGAGCUCGGACCACAGAAGAGGAGCCUCAUGGGGGGGGGGUCUGAUCCAGUGGCCAACUAACUGAUUCACUUUGAACACAUCUCUUUUUUUACGAGUGAGAACAAGACACAUUUCUUUAGAGUUGAAUCAAUUAUUGCUUGUGCACAAUUAAGCAAUAAUAAUUUAUAACAUGAGUGAAUUGCUUUUUUUUUUUAUUAUCUGCAAUUAUCCCUUUUUCUGUAUCUAUUUUACAGAGUGAAUAAAAGCCAACAUGCUCACACUUCAAUAGUAACGUUUUUAAAUACAUCUUUUAUUUAUUAAAUCGUUUGGCUUGACAUGCUUGCUCAUUUUCUGCUGUAUUUUUUCUAUAUAACAAUGAUCACAGUCCUGUCAAUCAAUUUAAGUGCCUUAAAAUACAUGAUUAAUAAUUAACACGUGAAAAAAAGUCAUGAAAAUUAAUAAAUUACAUAAAACAC